UCAGCAGCAGCAGCAGCAGUAGGCAGUGAACACUGCAGUACAUGCGAGCGCAUAACAACAUUCGCUCUUUCAGUCCGGGCUCCCGUUUUUAUCCCCUCAACAGCGACGACACGGAGCAAAACAGACGAAGCGGCGGCGGCGGAGACCAUUCCGACGUAUCCGGAAAUCCUGACUCCACGUUAGCUCGCGGACGGAGCUGUGUGUGGCACUCGUGGACUGCAGAGGAUUGGCACGUGAAACGGCUUUAGCGUUUAAUUACUCUACAACGGUUGUUACGAUCACAGACGUCGCACACCACAGCCAACGGUGCAGCGGGGGCACGGCUGCUCUCAGGUCCGAACAAACCCGUCACCAUGGAUGUGGAUGAGGAGGAGAAUAUGAGUUCAAGCAGCACCGACGUAAAGGAAAACCGAAACCUGGACAACGUGUCCUGCAAAGAUGGGCAGGGAGUGGCUGAACAGCUCCCCAAUGGAAGCGGCCUGAGCAGCCGAAAACGCCCCCUAGAAGAGGGAAACAAUGGACACACACACUCCAAGUUUCGGGCCAAGAAGCGCAAGAAAACUCCUGGGCCAGUUCUGCCCAAGAAUGCUCUGAUGCAGCUGAAUGAAAUCAAACCAGGUCUGCAGUACAAACUGCUGUCUCAAACAGGACCAGUCCAUGCACCAGUUUUUGUCAUGACUGUGGAGGUCAAUGGACAGAUGUUUGAGGGCAUGGGCCCAACAAAGAAGAAGGCGAAACUGAAUGCAGCUGAGAAGGCACUGCGUUCUUUUGUCCAGUUCCCCAAUGCUUCCGAGGCUCACCUGGCCAUGGGUCGAACACUGACGGUGAACACAGAUUUCACAUCUGACCAGGCCGAUUUCCCAGACAUGCUCUUCAACGGCUUUGAGACACCGGCUGCACCAGAAGAAUCCUUCUAUCUAGGCUCCAAUGGUAGCAGCUCCUUAAACUCGCUAGGGGAGUACCCACUGCCCACACCACCUGGCAGCACCCUUGUCCAGGCCCCAUUGCCCCCUCCAUCGGCAUUCAGUUCGCCCUCCAGUGGCAAAAAUCCAGUCAUGAUCCUCAAUGAGCUCAGGCCAGGCCUCAAAUAUGACUUUAUCUCAGAGAGCGGGGAGAGUCAUGCCAAGAAUUUUGUAAUGUCAGUAACGGUGGAUGCACAGACGUUUGAAGGUUCAGGGCGCAACAAGAAGCUGGCUAAAGCCCGGGCAGCACAAGCCGCUCUUUCAGCUCUCUUCAACAUGCAGCUAGACCAGACACCAUCCCGGCAACCCAUACCCAGAGAGGGAUUACAGCUCCACCUACCACAGGUUCUGGCUGAUGCCGUCUCUCGCCUGGUUGUGGAUAAGUUCAGUGAGUUGACAGACAACUUCACCUCCCCACAUGCGCGGCGGAAAGUCCUAGCAGGGGUCGUCAUGACAACAGGGACCGAUGUGAAGGAAGCACAGGUCAUUUGUGUCUCCACGGGAACCAAAUGCAUCAAUGGUGAGUACAUGAGUGACCGUGGCCUGGCACUCAACGACUGCCAUGCCGAGAUAAUCGCCCGACGCUCGCUCAUCAGAUACCUCUACACUCAGCUGGAGUUCUUCCUCAGCAACAUUAAGGACGAACACCAGAAGUCGAUAUUCAUGCACUGUGACAAGGGAGGCUACAGGUUAAAGGACAAUGUUCAGUUCCACCUCUACAUCAGCACCUCGCCCUGCGGAGACGCCAGGAUCUUCUCGCCACACGAGGCCGGAGUGGAAGACCAAGGAGACAGACAUCCGAACCGGAAAGCACGGGGCCAGCUGAGGACCAAAAUCGAGUCGGGGGAAGGUACGAUCCCUGUGAGGUCCAGCAACACCAUCCAGACCUGGGAUGGCGUUCUGCAAGGAGAGCGGUUACUCACAAUGUCAUGCAGUGACAAGAUCGCCAGGUGGAAUGUGGUGGGCAUCCAGGGCUCGCUGAUGAGCUACUUCACAGAGCCAAUCUACUUCUCCAGCAUCAUCCUCGGCAGCCUGUACCACGCUGACCACCUGUCUCGGGCCAUGUACCAGCGCAUCGCCGACAUCGAGGACCUGCCCCAGCAGUUCACGCUCAACAGGCCUUUACUCAGCGGUAUAAGCAACGCAGAGGCCAGGCAGCCGGGCAAAGCUCCGAACUUCAGCGUGAACUGGACAGUGGGUGACCAGGCGUUAGAGGUGAUCAAUGCAACCACGGGCAAGGACGACAUGGGCCGCGCUUCGCGUCUGUGCAAGCACGCCCUCUACAGCCGCUGGGUGCGCCUACACUGCAAGCUGUUGCCCAUCUUGCGGAUCAAGGUGCUGAAGCCCAGCUCCUACCAUGAAGCCAAGCAGGCGGCCACAGAGUACCACUCUGCUAAGCAGGCGCUCAUCAAGGCCUUCCACAAGGCCGGCCUGGGGGCGUGGGUCAAAAAACCUAUCGAGCAAGACCAGUUCACCCUCAGCUCCUGAGGGAGUCAAGGGCAGCGAGGGAUUCCUAACCCACUUCCCCAACCACCAACCCCCUCCCCCCCACACACACUCUUUCCACCUGACCCAGGCCUGAAAACAAUAGAGCCCCCUCAUUAACAGCCAGCCCACACUGACACCCGCCUCUGUCCCGCGUGUCGGCGCGCACGUGCUCUUUGUGCUCGUGGAAACAAAUCUACGUGCGUACGUUCUCUCAAUCGUCCAUCGCUCCUCAUUCUCAUUCCUCAGAGGACCUCGCCGUGUCGUCUUCAUUCUCCUUUUAUUUAGAUUUUUUUUUUCUUGUCAUCUGUUUGUUUUUUUCUGUUUUAA